AUAAUACUCCAUCCUCUUAGUACUCCUAGACAAAUAGCUAAGCUAGCUCAGUUAGUAUAGUAAUGGUGGUUUCUAAUUCAAGAAUACCAGAUCAAAAGCCGCAUGCGGUAUUAGUAUGUUUUCCUCUACAAGGCCACGUGAAUCCGUCCGUCCAUUUGGCAUGCAGGCUGGCUGAGGAAGGGUUCACCAUCACCUUCAUCAACACCCAAUCCGUACACCGCCACCUCACCAAGAGCAACAAAAAGGACGGCGACGACGGUGACAUCUUCUCCGGCAGCCGCAAACAGGGCCUCGACAUCCGUUACGUCACCAUUCCCGACGGCCUUCCGGUGGAGUGGGACCGGUCGGGGAACAAUGACCAGUUCAUGGCUGCCCUUUUGCAUGUUUAUUCUGCCCACGUGGAGGAAGCGCUGAAGGGUAUCUUGAAGUCAACGCCGCCAGUCAACUGCUUGAUCGCCGACACUUUCUUUGUGUUCCCUGGGAAACUGGCCAAGAAAUAUAAUCUGAUCUAUAUAUCUUUCUGGACCGAACCGGCUUUGGUUUUUACUCUUUACUAUCACCUCCAUCUCUUGCGGCUAAAUGGCCAUUAUGGUUGUCCAGAUGUGAGGAAGGAUGAGAUUGACUACGUGCCCGGAGUUGGAUCGAUCUGGCCUAAGGAUUUAAUGUCAUACAUCCAAGAAACAAACACAACAACGGUGAGUCACCAAAUGAUUGAGACUGCCUUUGCUGAUGCUAGAGACCAUGCCGAUUUUGUACUGUGCAACACUAUUCAAGAACUAGAGCACCACACCAUUGCUGCUCUCCAAGAAAACAUGAAGUUUUUAGCGAUAGGCCCCAUCUCCCCGCCAUCUUUCUCUUCAAAUCCACAAGUCGCAACGAGCCUAUUGUCAGAGUCUGAUUGUGCCCAGUGGCUCAACUCCAAGCCACAUGGCUCGGUUUUGUACGUCUCUUUCGGUAGCUAUGCACAUUUGUCUAAACAUGAAAUUCUUGAGAUAGCAUAUGGACUAUCACUUAGCCAGGAAAAUUUCAUUUGGGCGCUUCGACCCGAUAUGGUGAGUUCGAACGAUUCAAAUCCAUUGCCAGGAGAUAUCAGAGAGGAGGUUAGGGAUCAUGGGCUGAUCAUACCGUGGUGCAAUCAAAAGCAGGUUUUGACCCACCCGGCCGUGGGAGGUUUCUUAACUCACUGUGGUUGGAAUUCAACUCUGGAAAGCAUUUGGUGUGAGGUGCCAUUACUUUGCUUCCCUCUCCUUACUGAUCAAUUCACUAACAGGAAACUGAUUGUAGAUGAUUGGAAAAUUGGGAUGGAUCUAUGUGACAAGAAGCCAAUCUCUAAAUUGGAAAUAGCAGAGAAAAUCAAACAAUUGAUGGGUGGGAAAUCAAGUGAAGAGCUAAGGAAUGCAAUGAAGAAAGUGAAGAAGACAAUGGAAAAUGCAUUGAGCAAAAGUGGAUCCUCUCAGAAAAAUUUGGAUCAAUUAAUCACGGAUGUGUUGACCACUAUUCAUAUUAGGGGUGGACACAGUUCUAUUCUUUAAUGAAUUAGAAUCCCACUUCUCGAACAAAAAAAUUAUUUCUAAGGUUUUGGUUACAAUUCUAUCACAUGGUGGAUUGGAGUCAAUUGUUCUCAUACCGAAUUCAGAACUAGAACGGCUUGAAAACUACAGUGAAAUAAUCUCCCGACCAAAAACAUAACUGGAACCAUCAAACCUGAACUGGAAUCUAGACCUCUUACAAGUCUCUAAUCAAGGUUUUAGGUGGUAAGGAACCAGAUGUAUGUUUUUGUAUUUGUUCAUUAUGAAAUGGUUUAAGAGAAGCCUAAAUGGCUAAAUCUCACUCUUCCAAUUGUUUAAUUUGUGUACUGAAAUUGUGCAAACCAUUGAAGUUGUGUGCAGAAGAACUUGUCACUGUAUUUUCUCAUUUCUUGUAUAUAUUUUCUUUCCCC